AAGAAGGGGACACAAAAGCAUGGUCUCAAAGUUUGACUAUGUUUUUGAAGAGCAGAGGGAAGAUGGGGUAUGUUGAUGGCAGGAUACAGGCACCUAGUACCACUGACUCAGGUUAUGACCAAUGGGAGAUUACCAACUCUUUGAUUAUGAGUUAGCUUAUCCAUUCGAUGGUUCCAGAACUUGGUGAGGGCUACUUGUCUGUGGAGACUGCCCAGGACGUUUGGGAUGCUGUGGCUGUCACCUAUUUCCGCAAAGGGAAUUUUUCACAGGCAUUUGAGUUGCGCCGCUCUAUUGAGAGCUCACUUCAGGGGGAGCAGACUGUUCUUCAGUACUUCACUUUCCUCAUCAACGGCUGGAAACGCCUUGACCACCUGGAAGACUAUAAGCCCGUUUGCCCUACUGAUUCUGUCGGGUACAAGAAGUUCAUCGCACGGGAACGGGUCUUUAAAUUUCUGGCCGGCCUAAAUGUAGAGUAUGAUCCAGUUAGGGGUCGAGUUCUGAGUAUGGACACUCUUCCUUCACUUCAGGAGGCAUUUGCCUAUGUACAGAAUGAGGAGAGUCGCCGGUCUGCUAUGAUGUCCCCUGUCUCUACUGACCGUUCCGCAUUACUGUUUACUCCUCGAGAUGGCCUCAGCCUGCCUCCCAUUCCUCCGUCUGCUGCUAAGGAGUCUGUAUUCUGUGAUUAUUGCAAGAAGCCACGGCAUACUCGUGAGACGUGUUGGAAGCUUCAUGGGACUCCAUCCGGGGGUCGAGGUGAUCGGUCUGGUUCUCGAGGAGGUCGGUCAGGCCAAUCUAGAGGACGUGGUUCCUAUUCCCGGGCUCACCAGUCUAGUGCCAUUGAUACCCUUGAUUCUAAUUCUACUUAUGUUGGCCAAGCUUCUGAUACUGAGCUGGAGGAUGCUUUGCGCCAAUUGUUGGACCGCCGAUCUUCUACUGCUCUCAGUAUAGCUUCGUCGUCCUUUGCCCGCUCAGGUCAGGACAAAGUUAGGAUUGCCGAUGGUGCUGUUUCUUUCAUUUCUGGAAAAGGACCUUGUCACGGGGAGGACGAUUGGCAGUGGUAGUGCAGAAAAUGGUCUCUACUUCCUAGAUCAACCGGACAAACUUGCUUAUUCUUCCACCAUGUCUUCUA